GGCCCGUGUAGCCAAGCGAGCCAAUGGGAUGCUAAGCAGGAAUGGGGAGCCAAUGGGAGACUAAGCAGGAAUGGGUCGCUCCGUGGGCCAAUCAGCGUACCAGGGCCUGGGGUGCAGCGUCCACGGCCUUCAGUGAGAGCCGGGCGCGGAGGCUCCCGGGGCAGGUGCCGGCGUUGUCAAUAUACGCAGCCUCGAUCUGGGGAUCCCGCCGAUCUCGUGAGCUAGCGGCCAAUUGCCGACUCGGAGACGGCCUGGGGGUGGGGCCGGCACCCUCUCCGCCAAUCGAGCUCCGAGGGCCGGGACCAGCGCCGUGUGCCGUCGGGAAGACGGCGGGGACAGCGCUGGGCUGCAGCUGCGACGAUGGCGACCGCGAUGGCAGCGACGGCAGCGGAGCGGGCGGUGCUGGAGGAGGAGUUCCGCUGGCUACUGCACGCCGAGGUGCACGCCGUGCUGAGGCAGCUGCAGGACAUUCUCAAGGAGGCCUCUCUGCGCUUCACUCUGCCGGGUUCAGCCUCUGAGGGCCCUGCCAAGCAGGAGAACUUCAUCCUGGGGAGCUGUGGCACAGACCAGGUGAAAGGUGUGCUGACUCUGCAAGGAGAUGCCCUCAGCCAGGCGGACGUGAACCUGAAGAUGCCCCGGAACAACCAGCUGCUGCACUUGGCCUUCCGGGAAGACAAGCAGUGGAAGCUGCAACAGAUCCAGGACGCCAGAAACCAUGUCAGCCAAGCCAUUUACCUCCUAACCCACCGAGAUGAUAGCUACCAGUUCAAGACAGGUGCUGAAGUCCUCAAGCUCAUGGAUGCUGUGAUGCUGCAGCUGACCAGAGCCCGCAACCGGCUCACCACCCCAGCCACCCUCACCCUGCCCGAGAUCGCAGCCAGCGGCCUCACGCGGAUGUUUGCUCCUACCCUGCCCUCCGACUUGCUGGUCAACGUCUACAUCAACCUCAACAAGCUCUGCCUCACUGUGUACCAGCUGCACGUCCUGCAGCCCAACUCCACUAAGAACUUCCGCCCAGCUGGAGGUGCAGUGCUACACAGCCCAGGAGCCAUGUUUGAGUGGGGUUCACAGCGCCUGGAGGUGAGUCAUGUGCACAAGGUGGAAUGUGUGAUCCCCUGGCUCAAUGAUGCCCUGGUCUACUUCACCGUCUCCUUGCAGCUCUGCCAGCAGCUCAAGGACAAGAUCUCCGUGUUCUCUAGCUACUGGAGCUACAGACCCUUCUGAGCUGAGCACAGUGCCCCAGAAGCCUGUCCCCUGGGAGUGUCCCUUGCCCAUAGACUCCCUUUUCCCACCCUCACGCUCCUCAUAGCGUUAUUUAUCUCCCUCCUCACCCGCCCUGCCCCACACCUUUGCAUUGCUGCUGCUAGGAGGAAGGACACUCACUGGUUUUGUUUGGUUGAGGUUUUGUGUAAGGAAGGUGGGGCCGAGGGGUGGCCACACUCUCAGCCCUGCCCUCCCAGGCAUUGCGGGAACCUUUGGACUCAGGGCUUGGCCAAGCCUCUUCUUUCUCUCCAGCUGCCACCGGGUGGUAGAGGGCAGCCGCUCAGCUCCUGCUGAGGGAGGGUGUGGGUGGAGCCCUGAACUGUGGGAUGGGAGAGAAGGAAAAGGGACAUCUGCGGAGCUGGCCUGUGAGUGAGCUGUAGGGCUGGGAUGUUUGUUCUGAAGCCUCUAAGAAAUAAAGAUCAGACUUAACCUGGA